AUUUUUUAAACCUUUAAAGCUACAUGUAGUUCCUGUUCAUGAGCAUGAUAAUGAUUUAAACAACAUGAAUUUCACGAGAAAAUCACAGGAAUUUACAGUACCUGGUCAAUGGAAGACUUCUGAUAAAUGUAUUGAUCACUCUUCUCUACAAGGGACAACUGCCAACAGGAAAACACACUUGUUCAUAAAGUCUCCUCAGCAGACGUAGAAGUUCAGAGGAAUUGCGGCUACUAAAUCUGGACAAAGCAGACUUUUUUGGAGGAUUAAUGUAACUUAUCAUUUUGGCAAGAAAAAUAUUGAUACGGACUUUUAAUAUCUUCUUCUACAUCUCUACCAAAAUCUAGUAUAAUUUGUAGUGUAUGCACAUUCUAUUAUUUCAAGGUUGACAUUUUCAGAGAAAAAAAAAAUUGUCAAGAAAUCCACAGAACUGUCAAGAGAAUGUGUAAACCUUGAAUUAAAAAAAAAAACUAUGAAUCCAAAUCUGCCUUCAUCUGAAUACUAAAAGCAUUGUGUUUGGGGCUUACUUCAAUUUCUUUGGUCACAUGAUGGCCACACUUGUUUUCAUAUUAGUACUAACACUAGCUUCCUGUGCUGCUAAAAUAAUGUACAUGUAUGCACGAGAGGGAGAAAUGGUGCUGCUAGAAUUUGUAUACCCAUGCAACAGUACAAUAACAUUACAAUAUGGGAACAGGGCUCCAUGCUACAGUUCUGCGAAACCAAAGCAUAUGUCCAUGCCACCAAACCAGAGACUUGCAUUUGAGAAUGUGAGUGAAGUCUGUUCUGUUCAAUGGACAAUUGAUCCAGUUUCAAGAGAUGAAGCAGGCACCUACAUCUUGACGACUUACAAGAAUGGCAUCAUUCUAACAGACUUUCCAAUAAUUGGUCUACGCAUUGGAUAUCCUCCAGGGCAGGCCUCAUGUGAAAUAGGUGAUUAUCAUCAAGAUGAAGAAUGGAUAUCAUUGCAAUGUACAGCUCUACUGGGAACUUUGUCAGGAGGUAUUUACUGCUAUCAACAAGGACUGCGCUUACCAAAGAGAAAUGACCUUAUAGAAACUCCUAAGAAUCUCAAACAAAACAUAUUAGCAAGGCAUGAUAGCUUUGUCCAUUGCUGUUCUUCUAUGCUAGAUCAAAUCAAGGACAAGUGUAAUUGUACUGAUUGGGGGUGGGAUCCAAUAAGUGAUACAAUCUUUGCAGUGGUGGAUCCUUGCCCUGAAGUAUCUACAGAACUUCAAACAUCAGUUCCUGAACCUCCAACUCCAGACUUUAAUGUCACUGAGGCUAAUGUACUAAAUGAUACAGUUACAACAGAGACAGUGAAAUACCCCAACAGCAACAAAAACAUGUAUAUUGCACACUGGAUAAUGGGUUCCAUAUCUAUUAUUAUUACAAUCACUAUUUGGAGCAUUAUUGUGUAUAAACGAAGGAGGGUCCCAUUAGAAAACAACAGCCCAACGUCAGAGAGUAGAGCUCCAUGCUUACCAAAUCAAAAUGAAAAUGAAACAUCUUUCAGUAAUGGAACAACCCUUAUCAGGUCAUGUUAGUGAAGUCAUUUGGUUUGGUCUACUGUUCUUCUUCUCUAGCGCAAAUCACAAAGGAUCAGUGUGGGUGUAAAGAUUUUGCUUGGGACCCUGUGGAAAAGAGAUCCCUGAGAAUAGUCUGACCAGUACUCUACCAACACAGCUACUGACAGCACUUUGCAACAGUCAACUGAAAAGACUUACUUGGAGCACGGGUGCCACUUACAUUGAUGAGUGAAUACCACGCGCGACCCAAAAAAUGCGGAAAAGGGAUGUCUUUUACAAGGCAGUCAGUCGUUACCUACAUGUAUGUAAUGUAAUAAGGGUGUCAAAAACACUGAAAUAAUGAAAAAAGGGUCAUUUUGCUUGGAAAGCUACGUGUUUAGGGUCAAAUUCGUGAGGGUAUAAAGUACUACCAGUCCCAUGGUAUGAUAUUGAAAUUUCAUUAAUCCUUGGUAUUGUUCAUCUGAAAGUUUGCCAUUCUAUAAAUUGAUAAAUAAAUUCUAAAUUCAUUCUAAAUAAAUAUUCUGGAGGUUGGUUAAUAUAAAAAAACAAGAAUAAAAUUUGUAAAUCUGAAAAUAAAAAGGUUUGAUAGUCUGCAGAAUUGGGGAAAGGUGUGCAAUAGUUCACUGUGGUUGGUACCAACAAACCUUUCUUUUUAGACAAUCAAACUUUUGCAAUAACCAACUUUAAUUUAAUUUUAACACAAUAACCUUUGGGAAAGAUUCAGAUUAUGUAACCAUUAAUAAUAACAAAAUGAAUGCGCAAAUGUUCAGAUUUGCGAGCCUUUUUUAUUUUGGGACUAAUUAAUGAACUCAAGAUCAUUUUCUGCAAUUUGCAUGUUUUAAAGUAACAAAGGUCAUCAGAGAAGUGAAUGUUCUCUGAUUUAUGAUGCAUAUUAUCAUUAUAAUUCAAAGUUGCCUUUUGAUGUAAAUUAUUGAAGCAACUUGGUAAAUGUAACUAAGAAAUGAAUGACUUGUCAUACUUUUUCAUGUAAAUAUGUUUUAAUUUUACAGAUUGCCAAAGUUAAUGGUAUGGGCUCAAUUCCUGAUAUAUGAGAAAGUUACAGCGUUUUCAAGUUUUUAUCAGAAAACAUCCAUUGAUAAAUUCACAUUCUGGUCAUGAUGAAAAUAAGGGAGUAGAUGAUGUAAAACGCCCUUGCUACUUUUUUUGAAUUUGGCUUAUAUAGUAUCAAAAGCUUUGAUCUUUACUUUAUGACAAAGAGGAACUCAGAUAUCAAAUAUUUUACAACUUAGAUAAUACUGAUUUGACAUGUUUUCAAGAUAAAUCAAACCAUGAUCAUAUUACAAGAAGCAAAAAUAAAUAUAACUAUUUUCAUGGACUGUAAAUACAAAAAUUAUAUACUAUUCUCUUUUAUACACUGUGAUCCAUCUGUUAGGAAUGAUCUUCAAAUAAGAUCAAUCACUUAAAUGAAAGCUUUGAGCAGGAAAUUUAAAGUAUCUUUAAUCAAAAGUGUGUGAAUGCAAGGAUUUUUACUGCCCUUGUGUGUUUAUGAGAUGGGCUUGUCUCGUUAAAUGUGUAUUUAACUUUUAUUUAUUAUAGUACAAAUUUCAAAUGAUCUCCAUAACCAAAUUUUAUAUUGACACUUUAUUUAGCAUUUAUACUAUAUUUAAUUUUAAUGUGACUUAUCUUAUGUAUUUAAACUUUGACAGGAUUUUUGACCAUCAAGUUCCAA